AUGUCUGACGUACAAGCAAGACCAGCCGCCUCUCGUGGUAGGGGCUCUGGUCGCGGCGGACGAGGUGGUUUCACCAGCCGGGGAGGACGCAACGCUUCUCGCUCUGCUGCGGCUGCGACCAACGGCGACCAAAAGCAUGAUUUUGAAUCCACCGCCCUACCUACCCUCGAGGAUCAAGGCGAGAUUGGCGACCUGAACAAGACCUACGGCUCCAAGGUCUCGCUCAUCAAGGAGGUCUUCCCAGACUGGUCAGAGGUCGACAUCCUGUACGCUCUUAAGGAGACUGACGGCGACGAGACCUCGACCAUCGAGCGCAUCGCCGAUGGUACCAUCUCACAGUGGGGCGAGGUUUCAAAGCCAAAGGACAAGAAGGCCAAGUCCAAGGCCAAGGAGAACACCUUCACCACUACUACUGGCGCCGACUCCCCAGCCGCCACGAAUGCCCGAACCACUCGAGGUGGCCGAACCGAAGGCGCACGUGGCCGUGGCCGUGCGACUGAGCGCGGCGCCCGCGGUACUGCACGCGCCAGAUCUUCGACCGCGACCACCAACGGGCGCCUCAAGGAGAACCAACCUCUGUCUGUCCCCACGGAGGAUUCCAACGCCUGGAACGCCGCCAAGAAUGACAACGACGGCGGCUGGGCUGCUGGGGCUGCAGCUGUCGCCGCCGAGGGCGCAUGGGACAGCAAUGCCACUUCCGAUGCCACCUCUGCUCCUCCCCCUCCCGCUGCUAGACCCGUCGCCGCCUCCGAGCCUGCUCAAUCGGCUGUCAUCCCUCAAGGAACCGCAAAGACUUGGGCCAGCAUGCUCCGACAGUCUACCGCCCCCAAGCCUGCACCCCAGCCGCCCAAAGAGGCUCCUGCGCCCGUUCCCGAAUCCGAGCCCGAGCCCACUGUCGAACCUCUCCCUGCCCCUGACGAGCCUCCUGCCCUGGCUCCUGAGCCCGCUUCCGAACAGAUCGCUGAGCUGUCUGCGGAGCCUGCGCAAGAGCAAGCUCCCGUAGAGAAUCCUAUGGUAGUCGUGCCAGAAGUUGCUUUGACGCCGUCCCAGGACCAGUUGACUGAGACGAACCUUGAGCAGGUUGUUGACGAAUCCCACCCACCUGUAACAGAGACAGCUGCCAGUGAGACCGCCGACUCGUGGGACCCUCGAGCCUCUACCAUCAGCGCCAACGCCACGCCGAUUUCUGCCUCUCACGCCCAGCACCAGGCUCCGAAGGCACCCACGAGUGGAUUUGCCGCGACCGCCAGCCGAGCAACAGAGCGCGCUCCCAUCCCUCGCACCCCUAGUCAGACCCAACGGCGCUUCCUCAACCAGGAGGAGGCUGUCCGCAUGCCCCAGGCAGCCAACCAGCAAUUGGAGCGCGCCACCGUUCAGUUCGGUGCCUUCAACCUGAAUGGAAGCGAGGACGACAUUGACGGCGACCGCGAGGAGCCAGAGACGCGUGCGCAACCUCCUGCAGACUCUCCCGUCACCCAGCCCCGGGCCUCCCUGCCUCCUGCCCCUCCAGGCCCCGUCCCCGAAGCCUUCCCCGCCCAAAAGCCUGCAGUCGCCCUCCCAUCAACCACGGUCCCCUCCGGUAAUGCACCUCCCUCCUCGCCAAAGGGCUCGCAAGCCCCUUUUGGUCGUGUCCAAGGCUACCAGACUAAUGCCCAUCUAGGCGCCCCAGCCCCGCCGACUGCGCCUGCUGCCCACCAGGCUCCUGGCGUCCAAGGUAGUGAGCUCAACUCCGUUUCCUUAGACCCGUCGAUUCUACACCUUGGUGACGCAGUGCUGACAUCGUUUCCCACCCAAGCUCCGGUGGCCCAGCCCCCCAUUCAGCCAGCUGCUCAGCAGCAGUACGGUCGAUUCGGCCAGCCAACUGCCCAGGAGCAGCAGUCCCCAUUCCCUCAGAAGCAUUUCGACUCGUAUGGCCAGGCCAACCCGUCUGGGGCCCAAUCGCAAUUCGAGGGCUUCCCAAGCCAACAGCAAUCGCAGCCUCAGAGCCAACAACCGGGGGGCGCUUAUAGCUCCUCAGCCGACCAGUAUUCUUCCUUUUACACCGCUGACCAGCAAAAUCGCAACCCAUAUAACUACUACGGACAAAACUACGGCCAGCAGCAACAGACGAGCCAGGCUCCACAAGACAGCGGUCUCGCUGCAAGGGCUGGGUUCGGUGGAUACGGCGCCUCGCAGGGUGAUUUGGCCAGCCAGUAUCCCCAGAGCGCUAAUCAGUCACGUUUCGGGACUGCCGUCGCGCAGGACCCGAACAGCGGAAACACCACACCCAACCCGACCGCGCAAGGUCAGCAGCCCACGGCUCCUAGCCACCCACAGGGCCUCGCUGGUCAACACCAGCAGCAGCAGCAGCAGCAGCAGCAGCAGCAUGGAAAUCAAUUUUACAACCAACCCUACUAUGGACAAUUCUACUCCAACUACAUGAACCAGUACGGCGGCUACGGCCAGGGCGGGUUCCCUUACGGCAAGGGUGGUGGCUUAUACGGUCAGCCACACCACUACGGGAUGUCUCAGCAGCAGACGCCAUUCGAACACGCCUCAUCUCCCGCGACUGGAUAUCCACAGUCGUCUCUGCACCGCAACGAUAGCGGUGGUGUCGGGUCUGGUCUCGGCGACUACGGCCGCGCAGGAUCUGCUCAGUCGGGUGCUCAGCCCGGCCUUGGAAGUGCUGGUUUUGGGGGCAUCCACGACACAUUUGGCCGUGGCGGCUCGUAUGGCGCCCAAGGGGGCCAGUCGUUCAACGCACCUGCUACGCAGCCGGCUGCGUCCAGCGCUGAGAAACUAGAGCCAUACGGUGACGCCAAGGCAGCGAGUGGACCCAGCCCUUCGCUCGUCGGAGCCAGGCCCGGCUCCGCCACCAAUACUGGCCCGUCCCAGGCUGGCCUCCCCCCUCCGCAGUCUGCACAACCGGGCAUGGGAUACGGCGGCUAUCCCAGCCACCUGCAGGGCCAUGGCGCCCUGCACGGCGCCCAGUCUGCCGCGACAGGUUACGGCAUGGGGGCAGGAUCUGGUCAGGCACACCAGAACAGUCCCUACUCAGGCUAUGGCGGUUUCGGUGGCAACAGCUAUUACGGCUCUGGGGCACCUCGCCACGGCGGCUGGGGCUCGAAUUAUGGUGGAGGCAGCAACUUUUAG